UUGUCUCAAACUUUUCAUUUUUUGCUGGAACUUUUUGAGGGAACUUUGAGGGACAAUGUGUGAUCUCGAUAAAUGGAUUGAAAUUGCGAAAACAUGCAAAUAUUUGCCGGAGAACGAUUGGAAGCGGUUGUGUGAUUUGGUGUGUGAUUUGUUGCUUGAAGAGUCAAACAUUCAACCAGUGAGCAGUCCUGUAACUGUGUGCGGAGACAUUCAUGGUCAAUUUUAUGAUUUGGAGGAGCUGUUUCGCACAGGCGGUCAAGUUCCCGACACAAAUUACAUAUUUAUGGGAGACUUUGUCGAUCGCGGAUACUAUAGUUUGGAAACAUUAACAAGACUGUUGACUCUGAAAGCUCGAUAUCCAGAGAGAAUCAUUUUGCUACGUGGAAAUCAUGAAUCGAGACAAAUUACCAAAGUAUAUGGGUUUUACGACGAGUGCCUAACGAAAUACGGAAACAUUAAUCCUUGGAAAUAUGCGUGUCGAGUCUUUGAUCUGCUUACCAUCGCUGCUCUCGUUGACAAUGACAUAUUGUGUGUACACGGCGGAUUGUCGCCCGAUAUCAAGACCCUCGAUCAAAUCCGUACAAUCGAUCGAAACCAAGAAAUUCCUCACAAAGGUGCAUUCUGUGAUCUCGUAUGGUCCGAUCCAGAGGAUUUAGAUACAUGGGCAGAGAGUCCUCGAGGAGCUGGUUGGCUUUUUGGAUCUCUCGUAACGAACGACUUUAUGGAAAUUAAUCAGUUGAACCUCAUUUGUCGCGCACAUCAAUUGGUUCACGAAGGAAUUAAAUACAUGUUUGGACAAAAGUUAGUUACAGUUUGGUCAGCUCCUAAUUAUUGCUAUCGCUGUGGAAAUGUCGCAGCAAUACUCAAUCUCACCGAAAGCAAAGAACGCGAAGUCAAGACAUUUAAUGCUGUGCCCGAUAAUGAGAGAGUAAUUCCGCCACAGAGGAUUACCCCGUACUUUUUGUAAAAUCUUUCAUCUUCAAAAACUUGAACAAUGUUGAGCACAGCUAUAUGCAAAAUCUUCUUUUAUUAAAUUUAAAUAGUGAAAUAAAAUAAAAAUCAUGUUCAA